AUGUUAUCUAUGAAUUUUACGAUAUGGACUUCACCAGACUAUUUUGUCAUUAAAGGGAUUUCAGUCACUCCAGAACUGCAGGUUCCAAUCUUCUUUCUGGUUCUUUUUAUUUAUGUAAUCACACUUGGUGGAAAUAUGACCAUUCUUCUCUUGGUCUCUAUAGAUCAUCAUCUUCACACGCCAAUGUACUUUUUUUUGAGUAAUUUAUCAGUGGUGGAUAUUAUAUCUGUUACUGUUACAUUACAUAAAAUGAUGUUCACCUUCAUAACAGGCAACAGGAGGAUGGCUUUCAUACCAUGUGUGGCACAGAUGUAUGUUUUUAUAUCAUUGGUAUGUGUUGAGCUGUUACUUCUGACCACCAUGAGCUAUGACCGAUAUAUGGCUAUAUGCAACCCAUUACAUUAUCAUUUGGCCAUGAACCAAGUAGUAUGUGCUUUGCUGGCUAUGUUUUGUUGGGUGCUGAGUUUCCUAGAAAUCAUUCCUCAUCUUGUAGUCAUUUCGGGGCUUACAUGCUUUACAUCAAAUGAAAUAGACCAUUUCUUCUGUGACAUUAUGCUUCUGGUGAAACUUUCUUGUAGUGAUACUUCGAUUAUAGACCUUCUCAUUUUUACCUAUGCCCUAGUCCUUUCAACUUGUCCCUUCCUUCUAACUAUUGUGCCUUAUGCUUUCAUCCUUAAUGCCGUAAUGAGGAUAACAUCCAGCAGUGGAAGACGCAAAGCUUUUUAUACAUGUUCCUCACACCUUACAGUCGUAUUCCUGCUCUAUGUGACUCUCGCCAGCCAAUACCUAAGACCAAAUUCCAUGAACAACUUGACUUUUAAUAAACUUUUCUCUUUGUUCAAUACAGCUGCUGUCCCAUUACUGAAUCCCCUCAUCUACAGUUUAAAAAAUGAAGAUGUAAAGAGGGCUAUGAAACAAGGAUCUAAAUGUUGUAAGAUUAGUAGAUGA